AUGACGCCAGUUGACUAUCAAAAAGAGCAGCUUGAUAAGCUCUUAGAGGACCCUACAAAGCCUGUAUAUAUACCAGAUGCACCAAAAAAGAAAGAAAUUGCGCCUGCAAAGGAGAUGUUUGCACAUGUACAAGGAUCCUCAGCUGGUGCCGGUAGUGGUGAAUUCCAUGUUUAUAAGCAAUCGAGAAGGAGAGAAUACGAUCGUGUACAGCUCAUGGAAGAGGAGAGAAGAGAAGAAGCCAGAGCAGCUGAAUUUGAACAACGGCGACGUGAGAGAGAGGCGGUAGCAGAAGCUAAAACGAGUAAGAAUCGGAAUAGGAGGAAUAAGCGUAAGCAAGGUAAGCAAGACGCAAAAACCAAGGAGAGCAACAAAGAAGACGAUACGGAGUUCAAGAAGAGGAAGAUAGUAGGUGGUACGCUGCCAAUUUCUGAAGAAAACAGCGAGAAAGCACCAGCUGUUCCGGUUGUAGAAAAGACAGAAACGCCAACCGUGGCGACGGAAAACCCUAUUACCGUUGUAGAAGACAGCAGCUGGUGA